UCCUCGACGAUUGGACUGUAACUCCUCGGUAGUCCCUACCAGCGUGAAGCGAGCUGAGAUUUUCCGGCGGAGCUCUGCAGUUCCCGCUCGCCGCCGUCGAAUCAUCUUCCCGGCCAUGUCUUCUUCCGAAUCGGAAAUUCAAGGCUUCGACGUCCUCUCCGACCUCGACCUCGACCACAGCCUCGACCUCGACCUCGACCUCGACCUCGACGACCACCUCGGCGUCGUCGACGCGCCUCGCCACUCCGACCAAGACCACGCCCUCGACGUCACCUCCGACCUUUCGGACGAUGAGGGACGCCCGGGGUUCGAUCGCCCCGAGGGGCCCUCCGCGCCUUCUCCGUCGUCCCGGGGGGCCGACUCGACGGGCGGCGGAGUCGAGGCCAUCGGAAUCGACUUGGGCUCGGACUGGGGGUCGGGCUCCGAGCCUUCGGACUCGGUCUCGUCGGAUUCGCUGCUCGAUGUGAGGGAAGAGUUCGAUUGGGAAGAGACGGUCGGAGGAGCGAUCGGCGGGAUCGAGCAAGCGACGGCGUCGAGCGAGCAGGGAUUGCGAGACCCCGAUCGGGAGUUCUCGUUCAGUUUCUACUCGGAAGGUUCGGGCGUAAACCCUAAUUGGGAUUCGGAUCCUGUGUUUGUAAUCCGCGGUGACCGCGUCGAUCCCGACGAGAGGUUCGCGGCGGCGGCGGCGGCGGCGGCGGCGCGGCGGAUUCGGAGGAAUGAGAUCAUCAGAAGAGGCGAUUCGCCGGCGGCGUCGACAAGAGUCGUGGAGGGCCUGCCUCUGAUUACCGUGAGCGAAGAGGGAUUGGGAGAUGGUGAUGGGGUUUGUGCAGUUUGCAAGGACAAGUUCGUGCAGGGGGAGAAGCUGAGGGUGUUGCCUUGCGUGCAUCGUUACCAUCAAGACUGCAUCUUGCCAUGGUUGAGCAUGCGUAACACAUGCCCGGUUUGCCGGUUUGAGUUGCCCAGAGAUGACUCGAGGCCGGGAAUCCAGAGAACUGUGAGGGAUGGAGCUAUGAGUGGGGGAGGACUGCACAGUGAUACGCCAAUUUGAGAUGUGCACAUUACAUGGAAACACAGUGUAAUUGAUGAAUGAUCUGAAUGGCGAUUAUCAUCAAGCUUUUUAUUGGUUCAGUGAUGAUUGUUUCCAAGAAAUGAUGUGAUUUUUCCAGAGUAGCAUGUAUUCUAAAGUUUCAUCCGGAUAUGGUGCCUCUUUGUAUAUAGCCUAAGUUGUAUUACAGUUGACUGGUAACAUGUCUCUGAGGUUCUUCCUAAGUACAAUGUACAAUUGAUAUUUUCUUUAGCAGCUUAUAACCACCAUUUUGCGAA